AUGAAUAAUAGAAGGAUAGCCAUUUUUGGAACUUGUUGGUGGGGUUUUGGUGUAAUGGGUUGCACACCAUCGAAGCAAACUGUAUGCCGGAACUGCAAUUCUCAAUGUUCUCCGGUGCGGAGGAGCUAUUCGUCAGACGUUCACCGUUCUUCUACUUCUACACACGACGGCGACCACCGCCACAUCGUAGCACUCACCUCCACCACCCUUGGUUACCUUCAACUCGAUUCAUCUAAACCCAAUCAGGUACGCCAUGAUCCAGUACUUGCUCAGAUUUUUCAAGAACCGGUUCGAGAAAAUCUUCCGGAGAAGAAAAGCAAGGAGUUUGCAGUUGGAGUCAUCGAGGCCAAAACAUGGUCUAAGAUGAUCAAUGAAAAGAUCACGAAAACUACUCCAACAACACCCAUUAGAACCCCUCCUGGUGAGCCAGAAACGAUCAAUACGUGGGAAUUGAUGGAGGGUUUGGAUGAUUCAAGCCCUCUCCGACCACCAUCCACGGUGGAUUUGGAUCACAUCCGUCGAUUCUCCUACAUCGUUAAUUCCAACUCUAUUCCGCAAGAAAAAGAUCGAGAUGUUGAAGUAUUGUGCAAACCAUUAUGGCUACAAAUCAAAGAGAAGAACCAUUCGGAUUCAAAUUCAAACUCGAACAACACAUCUAUUGCAUCAUAUCUUGAUCCAAACCAAAAGCCAUUAAUCAGCGAAAGGCAACAGUCAUCGGAAGGUAACUUUCUUGAUGUUGUGAGGAGAUCGUUACAAGAUGGAAAAACCGAAAUUAUGUCUGGUCAAACUCAAAAAGACAAAUUGAUAUUAUACUUCACAAGCUUAAGGGGUGUUAGAAAGACCUACGAGGAUUGCUGCCAUGUUCGAGUCAUUCUGAAGAGUUCUGGUGCUCGAGUUGACGAACGAGAUGUAUCCAUGCAUUCGGGUUUCAAGGAGGAACUCAAGGAGUUGUUGGGUGAUCGAUUUGGUGGUGGUGGGGGGUUGCCGAAGGUGUUCGUUGGGAAGAAAUACAUCGGUGGUGCUGAGGAAAUUAGGCAAUUGCAUGAUGAGUUUCAACUAGAUAAGGUGUUAGAAGAUUGUGAAAUGGUGGAUGAGGGUGGUGGUGGUGGUGGUUGUGGUGGUGGAGGAAGAUGUGAGGCUUGUGGAGAUGUCAGAUUUUUACCAUGUGAGACGUGUUCUGGAAGCUGUAAGAUUUACUACGAAGUUGAUUCUGAUGAAGGUGAAAAAGAAGAAGAAAAUGAUUAUGGGUUUCAAAGAUGUCCCGAUUGCAAUGAAAACGGACUCGUAAGAGCCAUUAAACUGAUUUCUCAGGUUCGAGCUUUUCUAUUCUUGAAGAUAUGCUUUUUUAGCUUUCCCAGGUCGUGGGAUGGCAGGAUGUUGAAAUAAAAUACCUAACAGAUAAGACCAUAUGAAAAUCCGUAGCUAGAGAUCGACUUAUGGUGCAGGGGUAAAAUUGUCAUUUAGCAUAUGUAAACUGUGUACUAGCAGCUAGGCAUGAAGACCAUGCAUAGUGCUUGUCUUAUGUACUCCUCCAUGAUUGCAAGAAAGGAUUGUAGAAGCAGAGUAGCAUCGCGUGGAAAGGUGAGAUUAGAAAGAUCAUUGUUUUGGGAACGUGGGUUUAAUUUGUUCCUGCCAAUAGGCAAAACUAACCUUUGAACAUGAAUGUGAUAGUUUUGGUUUUGGAACAUUGUUUAUUUGGAUAAAAGGUUUGUGUGUAGAAAAUUUUCAUUCAUAUGUUCCAAACUUUAGUUUUUUUUUUGUAUUCGGUCAUCUUCUCUAUAAUUUAUGUAUUUU